CCGCCCGCCGGAGUUGCUGUUCCGGAGCGCGGGCAGCAGCGGAGCUGGCAGCAUGGGAUUUACGGUGGAGAGCCUGAAGCAGGCCAUGAAGUACAUGACAGAGUCGCAGGGCUUCGACCGGGUGCUCAACAAGAUGAAACUUCUUUCUGCAACUCCUGGAAAAAUUGUUUGUGAAAUGAAAGUAGAGGAGGAGCACACAAACAGAGGUGGUACAUUACAUGGAGGUUUGACAGCCACACUUGUGGAUGUGGUGUCAACAGCAGCGUUGCUGUACACAGAAAGAGCAGUGCCCGGGGUCAGUGUGGACAUGAACAUCACAUAUACUUCUGCUGCUAAGAUGGGAGAAGAGAUACUGAUUACAGCUCAGAUUUUGAAGCAAGGAAGAAAUCUUGCAUUUGCCACCGUGGAUUUAACAAAUAAGGCAACAGGAAAAUUAAUUGCACAAGGUAGACAUACAAAGUAUCUAGGAUAAGAAAGUAAUUUAAAAAAUAAUAAUGUUGGGUAUAAGAAUCCCAUAUAGAAUUAUUUUUCUCAUUAUGCAGUAAGACAUUUGCACAAAGUUGUGUUAAUCUAUAUGAAGUGAAUUUGCCUCACUCAUAAUAAACAAAUUUCUUAAUGACCACCAAAGUGGCUACAAGCCUAAAAUUAGUGCCUAUUUUGAGAUGAACAACAGAGUGUGAUAGCAUGGGAUUGCAUCUGGCUCUUUAGGGUCAAGAUAGCUGAAGGGACAAGCCUUUGGAGCAGCCAUAUGGUUUAUCAGCAUGACAGUGUUUUAGGAGAUCUGUUUUCCUUGCCUGUGGUGUGGUCGUGUGAUAAAGUAACCCUGUCUUCAGGUCCGUAGCAGUCACAAUCAAAAAACACUAUAUAUGCUUACAAACUAAACUACUCAUUGUGUAAGAUGGUAGUAGUACAGAGUUCCUGUAACAGAGUGUGAAAAUGGUUUGAGAGUGUAAAGCAGGGUAAUACAAAAUGUGAUUUACUGAUGCUGUAACAAAUUCAAAAGUAUUAAAUAAAGCUUCCUGAAAC